UCCCCACCCCCCACCUCGUCUGCCUCCUCCCUCCCCCUCGCUAUCUCCACCCCUGCACCACCACCCCCCACGCCGGGCGAUAAAAACGUGAGGCAUCGAAGCGUCAACCCCGAGACUCCGCCCUUCGUGGAGGACCGCUUCUCCCUCUCGCCGCAUCGGCACCACCACCACCAACAAUCGCUUAUCCGGGUAUCGCUUUCCCGCACCAUCGCCACACAUCCAGCAAGCACAGCCGAUCUAUAUACUCGCCUCCGUCGUCGUUGUCAGCAGCACCAAAGCUAAAAGCACCGCCGCCGAAGUUGCCAGGGCAAUGCAGUCGCUGUGGGUGGCCGAUCGCCGCACGGCCGCUGCGGUCCUGGCGGGCACCGUGGCCCUGGCCUGUGCAGGCCAUAGACUCGUGCGUCUGCUGAGGGGCCGGGGCCCCGAGAACGUGUACGAAAGCCCGCGCCUGCUUGCCGAGUACCUGCACUUCCACUACGCGCAGGAGAGUGAGGCGCUGCCCCAUAAGGGGGGGCCCCGCGAUGCCCUCGACUUCCCCGCCAGGUGUGCCCACCUGUGCAUAGAGCAGAGCCUGGGCCCCGAGGCUGCCAUACCGAGCCGGGCCCUGGACGUGGGCUGUGCUGUGGGCCGGAGCACGUUUGAGCUGACGCGACGAUUCCAGUCGGUGCUCGGCGUGGACCUGAGCCAGGGGUUCGUGCGUGCGAGCGAGAAACUCCAGGAUGCUGGCUCCAUGCGCUACAGCGCCACUGAGGAAGGGGACCUCUGCACAGACAUGGUCGCACGCGUGCCUCCCGACAUCGACCGCAGUCGCUGCUCAUUCAUGCAAGCAGAUGCCUGCGCCCUCCCCCGCGAUCUGGGGACUUUCGGCUGCGUACUGGCGGCCAACCUGCUGUGCCGCCUGCCUGACCCAAUGGCCUUCUUGAACCGCGUGCCCGGGCUGGUGGUGCCGGGAGGAGUCCUGGUCAUCACGGCGCCGUACACCUGGCUGGAAAGCUUCACCCCAAAGUCUGCGUGGCUGGGUGGCUACACCGAUGCGUCGGGCAAACCAGUGCGUGGCGCGGAGACGCUCAAGCGGGUUCUGUCCCCAAACUUCACGCUCCUUUGGGAGGGCGACCUGCCCUUCCUGCUGCGGGAGACGGCACGCAAGCACCAGUGGACCACGGCCCACGCCACUGCUUGGAGGAGAAAGGGGUAGCGGUGCUCGCGGUCCGAAGUUAAUAAUGGGUUCUAGACUGGUGGGUGUCAUGGUGAUACUUUUUGCUGACACAAGAAGAAUAAUAAACGGUGAUACAUCGUGCAUGAAAAUUAUUGAGACUGGAAUAAUGGUCGAUUUAGAGGACAACCAAGCGGGUGAGCAAGCCCGAUUCGUGAAUUAUUGUUCGACCCUCGACAACGCUUUUUCAGAUUGAGAAGUGCGCAGUCACGCUUGGAGAGAUAUUUUCUUGGAAUUGCUGGGAGACAGAAAAAACAACAUUCGGAUUGGAGAAUAACCGCAAGUUGCUAGAAGGGAUGAUGGCCGAUGGUAAAGAAUUAUGAUGGGAGUGCCAACCAAAGGGAGGGUACACGUCUAAAAGUACGACUGCCACAAUGGAGGGAUGAGUUGUGCUUGUGUGCCAAAGCUAGAAGCCAGAUGGAUUUUUGCACCACGAGACCAUGAUGGACGAUGGUAAUGACUUGCGGGAGACCUUCAUGCAGCAGUGGAAGGUCAUGGUUGAUGAUGACCAAGUUCAGAGAAUUAACUUAUUCAUCCAGGAAUGUAAGUACAUUUAUAAACGUGCAACUCUUAUGAUCUUGGUUAUCACGAGUGCUUGGGAAGGAAAGCCAUACUAACUCGAAGUGUUUUUCACAAGGGUCCUGCAUUGAGUUUUUAUUUGAGGAUGUUUUCUUUUCAGCCAAUUGAGUAUUAAACAUGUGGAAGCCAAAGCCCCCGGAUAAAACCUCGUGCGUUGGGGGGGGGGGAGGCAACACUCUAUCCCCAUAUUUGAUGGAAACAGAUGGUGAAUAGUCCAAUUGCUUUACUGCCUUCUGGCACUUCCCCACGGAGUUUAACAACUUUUGUGCACUCCACUAACCCUUGCCUCUAAAGGGCUGGAUCACAGGUGUGCUCCACCAACUGCCCAGCUCAAGGAGGCACGCUUUUUAUUCUGAAACACUGUUUGGUAAAAUCUAAAUGCUAAACGCACGACGUUAACCAUGAAGUGGGAGAAAAUGUACGAGUGUUUAAAGUCUGAAAGCCAAGUGAAGUGGGCUUAAGCAUUUCUAUGUCAAUAUGUAGCGCCGACGAGUAUCUCCACGACCCAUUUGUUCCAACCCAUGCCGUAUCUCGCCAGGAGCACCACUGCUGCCUUAAAGCCACUCAGGUCUAAGAGUGGUGACCUUGUGGUGCUUUUAUGGAUGUUGAGCACAGGGAAACCAUCCGAUGCUUCCCCAUCCAUGGUGAGAGCUCUAUGCAAUCUUUAGCAUGGACUCCAGUUAUAAUGUAUACAGCUAAAUGUGCUAUUGUAAACUUCUCCGUAAAAGGGGACAACAAAAUAAGUUUAUGAAUAAAAUCUCAAAAAAAAAG